AUGCUUGAGGCACGAUUGGAGCAGGCGAGCAUCCUGAAGAAGGUGGUCGACGCCAUCAAGGAUCUCGUCCAGGACUGCAACUUCGACUGCAAUGACUCCGGUAUCGCCCUGCAGGCGAUGGAUAACUCCCAUGUCGCGCUCGUGUCCAUGAUGCUGAAGGCCGAGGGUUUCUCUCCUUACCGAUGCGACCGCAACAUCGCGCUCGGUGUCAACUUGACCUCCCUGACCAAGGUCCUGCGUGCUGCCCAGAACGAGGACAUCCUCACACUGAAGGCCGAGGACGCGCCCGACAGCCUAAACCUCGUCUUUGAGAGCUCUGAAAAUGACAGGAUCUCAGAGUAUGACCUCAAGCUCAUGGACAUUGACCAGGAGCACCUGGGCAUUCCCGAGACGGAGUACGCAGCCACAAUUGCCAUGCCCUCAGCCGAGUUCCGCAGAAUCUGCACAGAUCUACUGGCCAUGUCUGAGUCCGUCACUAUUGAGGCAUCCAAGGACGGCAUCAAGUUCUCCUGCAACGGCGACAUUGGCAACGGAUCCGUCACCCUGCGCAGCUUCACAAACGUCGACAAGCCGGCUGAGAACAUCGAGAUUGAGCUGAGCGAGCCCGUCUCUUUGACUUUCUCCCUCAAGUACCUGGUCAACUUCUGCAAGGCUUCUGCUCUGUCCGGCCAGGUCAAGUUCUGCCUGUCCAACGAGGUUCCCCUACUGGUAGAGUACAACCUGUCUGGCAGCAGCUACCUGAGAUUCUAUCUGGCACCAAAGAUCGGUGAUGAGGAGUAA